CCCGAGCCGGGGGCACCCAGCGUCUCCAGUCCCCGCCGCGCCGCGGGCUGGUGGGCUCCGCAGCGGCUCCUGCGCGGGGGAGAUGACCCUGCCCGGGGGUCCGACGGGCAUGGCGAGGCCGGUGGGCGCGGGGCACUGCAGCCCGGGGCUGGAGCGGGCCCCGCGCCGGAGCGUCGGGGAGCUGCGCCUGCUCUUCGAGGCGCGCUGCGCGGCGGUCGCUGCGGCCGCCGCCGCGGGGGAGCCCCGGGCCCGCGGGGCCAAGCGGCGUGGGGGGCAAGUCCCCAACGGGCUUCCCCGGGCGCCCCCGGCCCCGGUGAUCCCGCAGCUGACCGUGACAGCCGAGGAGCCGGAUGUCGCCCCGGCCAGCCCCGGGCCGCCCGAGCCCGAGAGGGGCUGGCUGCCCACCGCCGGCUCGUCGCACCUGCAGCAGCCGCGCCGCCUCUCCACCUCGUCCGUUUCCUCCACGGGCUCGUCGCUGCCCGAGGACUCGGAGGACGAUCUGCUGAGCGACAGCGAGAGCCGGAGCCGCGGCAACGUGCAGCUGGAAGCCAGCGAGGACGUGGGUCAGAAAAGCCACUGGCAGAAGAUCCGGACCAUGGUAAACCUGCCCGUCAUGAGCCCCUUCAAGAAGCGCUACUCCUGGGUGCAGCUGGCGGGCCACACCGGGAGCUUCAAGGCGGCGGGCACCAGCGGGCUGAUCCUCAAGCGCAGCUCGGAGCCCGAGCGCUCGUGCCUGGCGCGGCUCAUGGCCGACGCGCUGCGCGGCUGCGUGCCCGCCUUUCACGGCGAGGUGGAGCGGGACGGCGAGAGCUACCUGCAGCUGCAGGACCUGCUGCAUGGCUUCGACGGGCCCUGCGUCCUCGACUGCAAGAUGGGUGUCAGGACUUACCUGGAAGAGGAGCUGACCAAAGCGCGCGAGCGGCCCAAGCUGCGCAAGGACAUGUACAAGAAGAUGCUGGCGGUGGACCCCGAGGCGCCCACCGAGGAGGAGCACGCGCAGCGCGCCGUCACCAAGCCGCGCUACAUGCAGUGGCGCGAAGGCAUCAGCUCCAGCACCACGCUCGGGUUCCGCAUCGAGGGCAUCAAGAAAGCCGACGGCUCCUGCAGCACCGACUUCAAGACCACGCGCAGCCGGGAACAGGUGCUUCACGUCUUCCAGGAGUUUGUGGAAGGGGAUGCGGAAGUUUUGCGGAGGUAUCUGAACCGUCUGCUGCAGAUCCGGGACACCCUGGAGGUCUCUGAGUUCUUUCGGCGCCACGAGGUGAUAGGCAGCUCGCUCCUCUUCGUGCACGACCAUUGCCAUCGCGCUGGCGUGUGGCUCAUCGACUUCGGCAAGACCACGCCCCUCCCCGACGGCCAGACCCUGGACCACCGGCGGCCCUGGGAAGAGGGCAACCGCGAGGACGGCUAUUUGCUGGGGCUGGACAAUCUCAUUGGCAUCCUGGCCAGCCUGGCUGAGAGAUGAGGCUGUGCCCCCUUCUCGCUGAAAGGGCGGGUCUGGCAGAAAGACUGCGGUGGCAGAGUCCCUGUUGUGCAUGCGGGAGAAAGACUGAAACCCGCCGUGCGGGCUGUUUGUGUGGUUCUGCAAGGCCAGGUGCCAACCACGAUGGACAUACUGCUCCAAGGGCAGGGCUGGGGGGCUGGCACCCAUACAAGCCCCAGCUUUUCCAGAGCUGAUGACACUAAGGGAGAGGGUGGGGGUGGGGUAGGGUGGGACAGGGGGGUAACUGGGCUUCGUCUUCAGCCUGGCCCCUUUGAGGGGGCCGAGCACCAUUCCAGAGAGGUCAGGUUUUAUUUUGCAGACACUAGAUUUAUCGUUCUAACCUCUCACACUACAGUGGCGUCCCCAUCCCAAUAAAACUGAGGCACCAGUUUUGGCAACCCAGGCCUCAUCCCCUCCCUCCUAUCCCCUUUCUUAGCUCCCUGGCAUCCUUCAAG